UGGUCACGUGACAAUCCAUGUGUCAUAUGAUGGGAAACAACACUCUGAAGGGUCACAACAAAAAGUAAAAUCCCCGUCUAAUGCAGCCAGCAGUGAAACCACUUUAUGUCACCGGAGUCUGGUUUACCAGUCUCUAGCAUUUAGCUUCCUGUUAGCAUUUAGCAUCGAGCUAACCUGCUGGAGGAGCCAUGAUACCCACACUGCUUCUUCUCCUCGCUGUGGUUUCCCACUCGGCGGCUCGGUACACUCCGGACUGGACCAGUCUGGACGCCAGACCGCUUCCUUCGUGGUACGACGAGUCCAAAGUGGGGAUAUUUAUCCACUGGGGCGUGUUUUCUGUCCCUGGGUUUGGCAGCGAGUGGUUCUGGUGGCACUGGCAGGGACAGCAGCCUCCGGACCCGAAGUGUGUGAGCUACAUGACAAAGAACUACCCGCCUGGGUUCAGCUACCCGGAGUUUGCGCCCCAGUUUCACGCUCAGUUCUUCAACCCGGAGGACUGGGCGGACAUAUUCAAGGCUUCCGGUGCCAAGUAUGUCGUCCUGACUGCCAAACACCACGAAGGGUUCACUAACUGGGGCUCUCCCAACUCCUGGAACUGGAAUUCAGUGGAUACUGGUCCUCACAGGGACCUGGUGGGAGACCUGGGGGAGGCAGUGCGCAACAGGUCAUUGCACUACGGACUCUACAACUCCCUAUAUGAGUGGUUCCACCCUCUCUACCUGAUUGACAAGAAGAAUGGAUUUAAAACACAGGAGUUUGUGAUGCAUAAACUGCUACCAGAGCUGUAUAACAUGGUUGUAAGGUACAGACCUGAGGUCAUCUGGUCCGAUGGGGACUGGGAAGCACCUGACACCUACUGGAACUCCACUGAAUUCCUGGCGUGGCUCUACAAUGACAGCCCUGUCAAAGAUACUAUUGUGACCAAUGACAGAUGGGGAGCUGGCUGCGCCUGUAAACAUGGUGGCUACUAUAACUGCGAAGACAAAUACACUCCAGGCCAGCUGCCCAAGCACAAAUGGGAGAAGUGCACAUCUGUGGACACGUUUUCCUGGGGUUAUCGUCGAAACAUGAAGAUGAGCGAACUGAUGGACUUACCCUCGAUCAUAGAGGAUCUGGUUCGCACCGUGGCCCUGGGAGGUAACUACCUCCUGAACGUGGGUCCCACACCUGAUGGGAUGAUCCCAGCAGUGUUUGAGGAGAGACUCAGAGGUGUCGGAGCCUGGCUAGAAAUCAACGGGGAGGCCAUCUACGCUUCCAAACCCUGGAGGGUCCAGACCGAGAACACCACUGUGCCAGUCUGGUAUACAUCUAAAGGAGGUGCUGUGUAUGCCACCAUGACAACCAAACCCCCCAAGCUCACAUUGCAGCUAUUGGGACCCAAAACAUCAGCAGUCACUAAGGUGACUUUGCUGGGGAACCCAAAUCCACUCCCCUGGGCUCCGGUCCAACCCGGUGCUGGCCUUACCGUCCUCCUGCCUGAGCUGCCGUAUUCCCCCGGUCAGGCCUGGACACUCAAACUGGUCGGUGUCCUGUGAGCCUUAAACCCCGGAAGUGUUCAGCAUCUUAAAGGCUGAAUAUCAAGAACUGCUUCAUUUCAGGUUAUGAUUAUGGUCGUAGGAUUAAGGGGAAACUUGUGCACUUUGGUUGAAGUGACAGCGCUUGUGUAACGGAUUUGUAUACGUGCCAAAUGAAAGAAUGGAACACUCCUCUUCAAUGAUUCCUUUGUGGCUCAGAUGACUAAAGAUUUAAUGUGUCACUGCCUCUUGAUUAUGCUCUUUUUUUAUUAAUAACUGAUUGAAUGAUUAUGACUGAACAUUGGAAUCUUCUGUUGAGCUUGUGAAGAUUUCCUGGCAGCUUCUCAGCUGUCUAAUUGCUGUGUCAGAAAUGAUUCACUUCUUCAAGUGGUUUGUUGGAGAAUGAACAGUUUACAUACAAAGCUGUUUUUUUAUUUGUUUACUGUAUGAUGCUUUUAAAAUGGCUGAAUAAAAGAUGAUUUAAUUUUUCUGA